AAGGCCCCCAGGCACCAGUCCUUGCUCCGGGUGACCCCCAGACUGACCCAGGCCUCCCAGGAAAACUAUGUCUGGAAUCCAGCCGGGAGCCGCGGGAGGGAGCGCGGUUCCAGGCGGAGCUACUCGGCCGCUUGCGCGCGCAGGUUAAACAUUAGUGGCUGCGGUCGCCAAGCUAGGAACAGAGCUGCGUGGCCCAGGCUGCCUCACGACGCCCCGCUCCCCGUGCCUCCAUCCAAGCGGCCUCGGAUUGCUCAGGACUGAGGAAGCCAGCUUUGUAGCUGAGAUACAUUGAGGAUUUAUGGUCUCCAGCCCUGUCAUGAUUUGCCGUGAACCCUGGCAGCCCUUCCAUUCUGCUCGAGAAAUCUCAGGUCCUCUUUCAGCUCCUUGGCCAGUGGCCCUGGUGGUAUUCUACCCCUGUGGUCAGCCCAGAGCCUCUCCUGCCCAUGCAGUACUCAGCAGCCACUGCCGACGGCCUUAGUGGCCCGCUGUCUGGAGCCUACACACUUCCCGCCUUUAAGUUCCAGCCUCGCCGUGAGAGCAUAGACUGGAGACGCAUCAGUGCUGUGGACGUGGACCGUGUGGCCCGGGAGCUGGACGUGGCCACUCUGCAGGAGAACAUUGCUGGUGUCACCUUCUGUAACCUGGACCGAGAGGUGUGCAACCACUGUAGGCAGCCUGUGGACCCAGUGCUGCUCAAGGUGCUGCGCCUGGCACAGCUCAUCAUCGAGUACCUGCUGCACUGCCAGGACUGCCUGAGUGCUAGCGUGGCGCAGCUGGAAGCACGACUGCAGGCCAGCCUGGGCCAGCAGCAGCGUGGUCAGCAGGAGCUGGGUCGCCAGGCGGAUGAGCUCAAGGGUGUUCGGGAGGAGAGCCGGCGUAGGCGGAAGAUGAUCAGUACCCUGCAGCAGCUACUUCUGCAGACAGGUGCCCACAGCUACCACACGUGCCACUUGUGUGACAAGACCUUCAUGAAUGCCACCUUUCUCCGGGGCCACAUCCAGCGCAGGCAUGCAGGCAUGGCAGAAGUGGGAAAGCAGAAGCAGGAGCAGCCUCUGGGGGAGGUGCUGGAGGAGCUUCGGGCCAAACUCAAGUGGACCCAAGGGGAGCUGGAAGCCCAGAGGGAGGCUGAGCGGCAGCGGCAGGUCCAGGAAUUAGAGAUGACUCGUCAGAGGGAAAUAGAAGCUAAAAAAAAGUUCGAUGAAUGGAAAGAAAAAGAACGAAGCAAGCUUUAUGGAGAAAUAGACAAGCUGAAACAGCUGUUUUGGGACGAAUUCAAAACUGUUGCCAACCAGAACUCUACGUUAGAAGAGAAGCUGAAGGCACUGCAGUCCUACAGUAUGACUGAGUCCCACCUUGGGUCUCUGCGGGAUGAAGAGUCAGAGGAGAGACUCAAGCAUGCCCAGGAGCUCCAGGCCCUACGAGAAAAGAUGCAAGUCCAGAAAACAGAGUGGAAGAGAAAAAUGAAGGCCCUGCAUGAAGAGCGGGCAGCUGAGAGGAGACAGCUGCAGCAGGAGAAUGAGAGGCUCCAUGUCACCCUGUCUCAGGACCAGAAGAAAGCAGCUGCCCAGUCCCAGCGCCAUAUCAACGCCCUCCGUGCCCAGCUUCAAGAACAAGCCAGGCUUAUCGAGUGCCAGGAGGAGACGAUCCAGACUUUGUCCCUCAGGAAGGUGGAGGAAGUACAAGAGGUGCCAAAGGCUGUGGCUACAGAGGAGGACUCAUCUGAAGAAGAGCUGGAGGCCUCCAGUGAGGAGGAGCAGCAGGAGCGGCGGAAGGUGUUAGCAGCUCUCAGGAACAACCCUACUUGGCUGAAGCAGUUCCGGCCCAUCCUAGAGGACACCCUGGAAGAGAAGCUGGAAGGCAUGGGGAUAAAGAGGGACACAAAGGGAAUUUCAGCUCAGACUGUCCGGCGCCUGGAGCCCCUGCUGAGAACCCAAAGGGAGCAGAUAGCCCGAAGCUUCCGAGAAUUUCCCAGUCUGAGGGAAAAACUCAACAAGGAAGUGAGCAGCAGGGUGAAGAAGAGAUGGGAGAGUACUGCUGUGGUGUCCCAGCCAGAUGGCCAGCCUCCGGUCAAAAGCCAGCGGAUCACACCAGCCACAAAGGAGGUCCGGCCAAAGACCAGGGCCCUGACUGUAGCACUGCCAUCCAAGCCAGCAGGGCCUUCUACUCCAGCUCUUCAGAGCCACAGCAGUCAUGGCCCCGGCCUCACCCAGGUGUCCACCCCAAUUCCACGCCCCCGAGUGCAUGGACCCUCCAGUACCCCUGUUUCCCCUGGGCCUGGGCUGAGCAGCACUCCGCCGUUCAGUUCUGAAGAAGAGCCAGAGGGAGACGUUGUGCAACGUGUGUCUCUGCAGCCUCCUAAAGCUCUUUCUAGGUCAGCACCCAAGCCUGAAGACAACUGGGGCUGGUCUGAUUCUGAGACCUCAGAAGAGAGUGCCCAACCUCCUGGGAAGGACUCAGGCGGGCUGGCUUCGUCAGGAACACUGGUGCAGUCGAUUGUCAAAAACCUCGAGAAGCAGCUUGAAACUCCAGCAAAGAAGCCUUCUGGAGGGGUCAGUAUGUUCUUAAGGCCCAAUGCUGCCCUUCAGAGGUCUUCCACAUCAGCAAGAAAGUCUCAGCUUUCAGAAGAUGAGAGUGACUUGGAGAUCUCGUCUUUGGAAGAUCUCUCCCAUGACCUGGGCCAGAGAGGAAAGCCAAAGCCUUUGUCCCACUCGAAGCUCCCAGAAAAGUUUGAUGCCAGCCCUUGGAGCUCUGGGUCACGACCCAGGAUUCCUGGCUGGUGAUUCUGCCUAGGUUUGCCGGAGGGUUUAGCCUUGUUUCUUGGUUGGUCUCACCCAAAUGGAAGAGGCUGUCAGGCCUCCCGCUCCCACUAGCAGCCAACUACUACUUUAAGUCUGGGCUGGAUGUGGGGAUCAUGAAGAGAAGCAGAAGAGUAGACAGCCGGGACCUCUACGCAUUCCCUGACCGCUACCCCAAACGGCUGGGUCCUAGCGCUGUGUCUUGUGUCAGUGUGAGAAGGAUGGUAGCAGGGCUUCUAAGUGUUUCUUUCAUGAUACCCGCAUCCAGCCCAGACUUAAAGUAGUUAUUGUUUCUAAGUUUUUGUAAUCUGCAGGUCAACGUGGAGUUGGGUCCUGAGAUAGUCUAUGGUGGAGUCUCUAGCUUUUCACUACUGACUUGGGGUGCAGACAGAGGUAGGAGGUACAAAGUGCCUGCUGCCAGGGCCAGGCAUAGUAAUCGAUUGCUGGGUAUUAGAGUGCUAUGGUGGUAUGGGGGCGGUUGGUUGCCCUACUUUCAUUUUUGUUGCUGUGAUAAACCCUCCGACCAAAAGCUCCUUAGUUAGUUAGUUAGUUAGUUAGUUAGUUAGUUAGUCAGUUAGUUAGACUUUGUUAGUCUAUGACUGCAGGAGUUGAAGGCUGGAAUGUGGAAGGUAGGCCUGCUUACUGUUCCACACAGCACUACCUCUGACCAAGGAAUUCACUUUCAUAGCCAGAGAACCAUGUUAGGGACCAUAGAGGAUACUGCUUGCUAACGGUAGCUGUACGCACUCAGCUAGCUUACUUAAUACAGUUCAGGACCGCCUGCCUAGGGAAUGGUACUGCCCAUAGUAGGCUGGGUUCUCCUACAUCCAUGAACAAUCUAGACAGUCCCUCACAGACAUUGCUCUCAAAGCACUUGCUCUAUGGAGAAUCUCGGUUGUGACAAAUAGAUAUUUGAAACUAACUAGGACACUAUUCCACCCAGCCUUGGAUGACCUUGGAGAAAGCCUCAGAGUUGCAUUGCCUGGUGGAGCUUGGUCAUGGACAAUAAAAAAAGAGAGCAAUCUGGAUGAAGCCUCUUGUCCUUAUAGAACCACAAAUUUAAUUUUAGAGAUCGUUUCUGGAUGAGUUUUUUAUAUAUUGACUGUACUUUUAGGCAGAGAGGGGUUGUUUUUUUUUAAAUUAAAAAUUUUUUUUUUUUUGAGACAGGGUUUCUCUGUGUGGCUCUGGCUGUCCUGGAACUCUCUCUACAGACCAGGCUGCCUUUGAAUUCAGAGAUCUGCCUGCCUCUGCCUCCUGAGCACUGAGAUUAAAGGUGUGCGUAGUGACAUGUGGCUUAAAUUGUAUUUUUUUAAUAUGAAUAUUUAUUUAUUAUAGUGAACAUUUAAAUAUAAUGAUGUAUAUACCUCUUUA